AGAACAUUUCUUUUAGUGCUGGUGUUGGGCUUAGCUUACUUAGUGUAGUGCCAUGCCAGCAAUCAAAGAGGAAUAACAAACCACCUUUGUUCUAGUGGGGUGUACAUCGCUGUAGGACUUACCCAAAGGGUUCCAUCAUACAGGAUGGCCCCUGUAUAAUGGGCAGUGGUGCUUCCAAGUCUGAAUCUUCAACACCACGACCCACAGAGAACCCCGGCACAGCGAGGAGAGCACAAGCCACCACCAGCAGGAGCGGGCACUUCCAGGAAGUCCAGGUCCAGGCCCCUGGGGGGUCAGGCAACAUGAGUUCCCGAACUCCACAGGGAUCUCGGGCUAAUGAUGCCUCAGGAACUUCCAGAAAUAGGUAUGCGCGUCAUGAAAAUAGUCCCAACAGUUCAUUGCAGCAUGGUCAGUCAGGAGCUGCAACAUCGCGAGAUGGACAGAGACGCAGAACUGAUCUACAGGAUGAAAAAUCACUUGUGAAUGUUAAAGCCCAUACAAAGGAUGAUGAUGUGACUUUUGAAGUGUUUACACAUCACUCUACUGGAAGAGAAUAUGUCUGUGCCAACAGGGGAGGCAAGCGGUACUACCUUGAUGAUUGGCACUCGCAUGAUUGGCAACAUUUUCCAGAAAAGUGGUAUCAAGAAGGAACCUUAAGGCCAAUGGAUGACAUUGCUCCAAAUACACAAUCAUCUCACCGUGAACAAAAUCACAACGAUGAUGAUGAUAGGUUAGGCAGUCUCAAACAUCCAAAGAGAGGAAAAAUACAAACAUAUUUAAUGGAGCAACGUCAAUACAUUCAUUUUUUCUUUGAUAAAGAAACUGGCAAGUGGCUGAGACUGCCUAUAGGUUGGGAGUUGCAUCACGACCUAGUAAAACAGAUGGUUGAUCAUAUAGAGGAAGCAUUACCCGACUGGAAAGAUAGAGCAGAUAUACUAGCUCUGCUGCGUGCCUGCAAUUAUAGUCCAGAUGAGUGUAUUGGAACUUACUUGCUUUUGGAAGGCGAUAAUUGGUUACUGCCACAGCGCACAUCUAAGGAUGCAAGAGCUGAUGAAAAUAAAGAUAAGAAGAUUGAAGAACUGACACAAAAACUAAAAAAACUAGAAAUGGAACUAGCGUCAGAAAAAAGAGCUAGAGAGGAAGCAGAAAGACAGCUGUCAGAGUUAGAGGAGAAAUACAGCAAGAUCAGUGCUGAUGCCACUUCAGCUCAAAGACAGAUGGAAGCCAUGCAGCAAUCAAGACCAAAAACAGCAAGGCCCAAAACUCCUGUGACAGUGGCUCCAGUUGGUGCCACAGAGAGAGAUCUGGAAGAACUGAAUCUCCAGGUUAAAAACCUUCACAAAUCUCAUGUCCACCUCAAGAUGGAUGUCCUAAGGAACAUCGGAUCUGUCAACGCUGUCAUUAGUGAGGCUAUUAGAGCAGCUGCGGAUCUCAAGAAAUCUGAUGUUGGUUCCAAACAAGAGCUAGAGGAGGUGCGAGCCUUAUAUCAGAAAGAAGCUUUGCAGCGCCGUCUUCUUUACAAUCAGUUGCAAGAAUUGAGGGGCAACAUCCGUGUGUUUUGUCGUCCACGACGAGAUGAUAGAGCCAAGCUUUGCCUCAGCUUCCCAUCAGACCAGGACAUACAGCUGACCAACCAAGACGGCAGCAAGAGAACCUUCAGCUUUGAUAAGGUGUACAGGACAGAUGCAACACAGGAACAGAUAUUUGCAGACACCCAACCAAUCAUUACAUCCUGUGUGGAUGGUUACAAUGUGUGUCUGCUGGCCUACGGACAAACUGGAUCAGGAAAAACAUUCACCAUGAUGGGCGUGGACAAUAAUCCUGGCAUAAACAUAAGAGCUAUCCAAGAAUUGCUGAAAGUUUGUCAACAGAGAUCGGAAACAAAGUCAUACUCUUUAAAGGUAUCAAUGGUGGAGAUCUACAACGAGACAGUCCAGGACCUGCUGAGUGAAGACGCCAGGACCCUGGAGCUGAGCAUCAUAGGCAACACAGUCAAGAUCCCUAACAUCACUGAGAUGCUGGUCGAGGAAGUGGACGACGUUAAAAGUAUCAUGAAGCUGGGGGACAGCAACAGAAAAACAGCGUCCACCAAGAUGAACUCUACCAGUUCCCGUUCACAUUUGGUCCUGAUGAUAACUGUAGAUGGUCAGGACAAGGUCACUGGGGCCACUUCACAUGGUGUCUUGACCCUUUGUGACCUUGCAGGGUCUGAGAGAAUCAGCAAAACAGAGGCUGCUGGCCAGAGAUUGGUAGAAGCUGCAGCCAUAAAUAAAUCUCUUUCAGCACUUGGCCAGGUAUUUUCAGCUCUAAGGGAAAGUCAGCUUCACAUACCUUACAGAAAUUCUAAACUCACUCAAAUACUAAAGCCAUGUUUGGGUGGUGAUGCUAAAGCGUGCUUGUUUGUAAAUAUCAGUCCAGACAUAAGCAACUAUCCCGAGUCUUGUAACACCCUGGAGUUUGGAGGCAAUGCUCGGCAAAUUGCUCUGGGACAAGCCAAACAAAAUGUUCAAAAGAAACCAGGAUUUCCAACCAGAUAAAUUCUGCCAAAAUUAACUUAAAACAUGAUUUACUUUCAGCUUAAAUAGAAUCCUAUAUACAUGUUAUAUAGGUUGAUUUUAUCAAGCCUGUGGGAGACUACAACUUUUAGUAAAACCAAAAAAAAAAUCUGCAUGACCAAUUUAGAAUAUUCUCAAUUUAAAAAAAACCACCUUAAAAAAUCUUUAAAAUUCCUUUUUAAAAUAUACCUAUACCAAUGUAGAUAAUCAUUUAAUAAUAGGCCAGUUGUUAUUUAAUGGAUUCACAGAAUUUAUUUUUGGAUUUCAUUUCCAGAAAACUGCUUCUUAAGUCUUUCAAUAAAAAAUUAUAUUUUUUCAUACCACAAAAUUAUUAACACCAGAUGUAAGUUAGGAUGGAUUUAACUUUUUUAAUCGCCAAACAUUUGAUGUUUUAAGAUUGACAUGCUUUUAACUAGUCUUAACAUUGUUGUUCAUAUAUGAUUAUACAUAGAUUUUUUAAACUCCAAGAUAGAUAAACAAAUUUUUAUCAUAUAAUUAGUUUUCAAAGCUAAUAUAGAAACUAUGUUUUUUUAUUUCGCAAGACUUCUGUAAAAAAAAUUUUUUUUUAUAAAUUCUUAAAAUAGAAUUAUGUAAUUUUUAAAUAUUUGUUUUGACCAUGUUUUAAAUUGGCAUUUCAGAGGUAGGCUUAUUGUAUCUUGGAUUUUUCAAAAUAGCAAUUUGUUUAUAUAUUACACAUGUUCCUAUUUAUUCUUGUAGAAAAAAGCUGUGAUAUGUUUAAGCAUUAUUUUGUUUUAAAAGAUAACAGCUUUCAUAAUCAGAAGGCAAAAAGAUUUUUCAAGUUACAUUUUAUUUAAAUCUCUUGAAAACUUAUUGAAGAAUAGUGAAAGUUUUUAAAAUAAAACUUGCAUUGUAAUUUUUACACAAAAUUAUUUCUAAAAUCCUGAUUGUAAAAACAUUUUUAAAAACUGCUGUUUUUAUUUGUACGUUUUUAUUAAAUUAUGUUUCUGUAACUAGAUUUUAAAAAAAGAAUUGGUUUUAUUUUGCAACUAUUACCAACUUAAAAAAUAUAUAUAUCAAUACAAAUAAUGUUUUUCACUAAUGAUUAAAUAUAUGUAGUUUAGUUUUAUCAAAUGUUUAGUACUUAAACUCUGUAUGAAAAAAAAAUUAAUACUGCUGAACAAAAACUAUAUAUUUAUAUAUACAUAUAUACAUUUAUAAAUGUAUAUACAUAUAUAUUUAAUAAAUAUAUAUUUAUUUAUUUAUAAAGUAACUAUUUAUUGAAUUUUAAAAUUUACUGUUUUAAUAAAUUUUCAGUUUUACUGUAAAGUUACUGCUGUAUACCCUAUUAAAAUGAAGAUAAUAAUUGUUUUUGAAUGGUCGCUCACAUUUUAGAACUUAUUUUAACAUUUUUGUUUGAUUUACAAAUUUUACACCCCAAAACUGUGAUAAAAGAAAAUGUACUCUAUUCCUACUGAAAUUGUUUUUUCCGUCCAUUGUUCAACAUGAGCACACAUAAAACAUGCACUUGAUUGAAUUAGAUAUUUUAUAUGCAUAUAUUUUUAAAAUAUUAUUUUCUUUUGUCUUGAAAUACAAUUAAAACAAAUCUAGAAUUCAAAAUUCUAUGGCAUUUUUACUUGAUAAUUUAUGAAAAUAUAUCUACACCAAGGUACUAAUGAUCAAAAUUAGGUCAGUUUUGAUUAUUUUUUAAUGUAGUAUUCAAUUGAAUACUUUUAGUUUAGGACAAUUUUGUUAAUAGACAAUCAUCAAUUCUUACUGGAUUUAAAUCAAAUAUAUAUUUUUGCGUACAUUAAGUUUUGUUUUUAUAUUCAAAGAUUAUUGAUUUCUUGUAAUAUUGAUUGCUACAGUAAACGUCUCAGUCAUUGUGUAGCUGGAUGUUCUUUUUUUAGAUGUAAAAAAAACAUUUUCAGUUUUUGUCACAUUGAUAUUUCUCUCUCGUAAGAAUUGUCACAUUGAUAUUUCUCUCUUGUAUGAAUGUUAAAUAUUACUGGGCUAAAUUUAAAUAUAAAAACUUAUAAUUAUUAAGGGGCUCUUAAUUUAUAGUUUAGAUUUCAACAAUUUAGAUUCUAUUUAUUUAUUUUAAAAUAAAUUACAUUAUAAUGUUGAUGCGUUUCCUAAUUUUUCUUUUGAUAAUCAUGAACACCUACUUCCAUUUAUCUGUACAUCUCUUGGUAUAAAAUAACAUCUUAUUUUUAAUGUCAGGCAAGAAUUACUGCAAAAUUAAACCAAACCUAGAAAAAUUAUAUUUAUUAUAUGAAAAUUUAGCAAAAUAUGUUCUACACUAACUGCUGAAAAAAAAACUGUGAAUGAAUGCAUUUGAAGUCUAAAAGGAAGUUGAUAGUUAUUUAUAAAGCAACACGGACAAUCAAUGUUUCAUUGUGCAUCCAUUUUUUUUUCCAUUUUAACAAGAUUAACUUAAUAUAUUAAAAACGGAUCAUUGAAAAAAUUAUAUUUAUUAAAAAAAUAUAAAAUAUUUACUUUUUAUGUGAAUGCCUUGUGUUCCAUAAUGCACAGUAUUCUAGAUUUAUUAGCGUGUAGACCUAUGUGCAAAAUAAAUGUUCAUUUGUAUUUUUAAUAAAGUUUUGUUUUUUUUGUCAAUAAAUAAUAAAUAGGCCUAUAGGAAAA